UGCAAAUGAGGCAAAGGAAGAGGAGAGAGAAAAUAUCGAUUUACGGCAAGAAAAGCAAAAGAUUAUAAACGGGGAGGCCCUCUCACGCAACGUGUGCAAUUAUAUCAAAAGGAGUGUAUCUAGUAUAAUGUCAAUACAUAUGUAGCUAUUUAUUUUUCACUAGCAAAUCGUUGAAUGAUUGAAAUUGGAACCGGUGAGGGAGACACGCCAAAGGAGAGAGAGAAGAUGCUGUGACACGCUUACUGGCAGGGAUAGAGCGAGAGGGAGAGGGAGAGGGAGGUUUAGGGUGAUACGGUAAAGAUGGUUGUUUUGCAAGUGAUGCAUGUUUCCUCUAAGGAAAUCGCUACUAUGUGGCUGUUGGACGAAACAUAUCAUUUCGCGUUACAAAGAAACUUCAAAAUGAUCCGAUUUUGACAGACGCUGACAGACGUGGAUAGACGUAGGCUAACCAUGGUGUAUGGAAGCACUUGUGUGGCUAACUCGAAGAUAACAUGCUGCUCCACUUGUGAUAAUCGGCCUGACAGUGAAUACCAUUUACAUCAGCAUGCAUUGAACUAUAAGGACGUUUUAUCUUGCAAUACGUUGUUUGAAUGAAUGGAUGUAGCAUCCCAAGGAUAGUAACCUGUUUAUGAGCAGGUUGCAGAUAGAAAAGGAAUGGCGCAGUCAAAACUAACGUUGAUAAAUAUCUAUUAAUGAUUGUUGCUGUCAAACUGAAAUAGAUAUUGGUACCUGUUAGGCUAUGUGGAUUGACCAAUGUAUCAUAAGCGAAGCUAGUUAAAAUCUGAAAACGGACAUAAAGGCCUACCAUGUUAUCAAUCUUGUCAUACUUGUUAUCAUGAUAGGUGUCGCUAUUUUGAGUUUAGGCUAGUGCAUAACAUGAUAUUUGUGACAGUAAUCCAUUUACUCAGCUGUUGCCUACCUGUGAUUGUUCAGUUUCAGUAUAAGACGUCUAUAUCAACUGAAAGCAAAUAGGAGUUCAGAACCACCUAUCCACUAAGAAGUAAAACCUCACAAAUCAGUGGAGGUAGUAGUUUUAGUCUGGUAAUGUGAAAUAUUACCCACAAUUCUUAAUUCAGGAUUUAUCCUGCCUUUAACUCAGAAUAUAGAUCUAUAACUCCAGUCUUAUCUCAAAGGAGCAUUGCAAACUUCCUAACCAUUACUUUCCAUUGUUAUCCAGACUUUUUUGGGGGGACGAUAAUUCAUGAAAUCCACAUAGAUAUAGAGCUAGUUAUCAACAUUAGUCGCUAUAAGUCGUAGCCAAUAGUAAGAGCAGUAUGAGUAAGGAACUGUCACUAAGUCAGUCAGCUCAAUAUGUUGGGCCAUAUCGACUGGAAAAAACACUGGGAAAAGGCCAGACAGGCCUGGUGAAGCUUGGAGUUCACUGCAUUACGGGACAGAAGGUAGCCAUCAAAAUAGUCAACAGGGAGAAGCUGUCCGAUUCAGUUCUGAUGAAGGUGGAGAGGGAGAUUGCCAUCCUGAAGCUGAUUGAGCAUCCGCAUGUGUUGAAGCUGCAUGACGUUUACGAGAAUAACAAAUACCUGUACCUGGUGUUGGAGCAUGUGUCAGGUGGGGAGUUAUUUGACUAUCUGGUGAAGAAGGGCAGACUGACACCUAAAGAGGCCAGGAAGUUCUUCCGACAAAUCAUAUCGGCCCUGGACUUCUGUCACAGUCAUUCUAUCUGUCACAGAGACCUGAAGCCAGAGAACCUGCUCCUGGAUGAGAAGAACAACAUCCGUAUCGCUGACUUUGGCAUGGCCUCCCUACAGGUGGGGGACAGCCUGCUGGAGACCAGCUGUGGAUCCCCACACUAUGCCUGUCCAGAAGUGAUCCGGGGAGAAAAGUAUGAUGGUCGCAGGGCAGAUGUGUGGAGCUGUGGAGUCAUCCUUUUUGCUCUGCUGGUGGGUGCCCUACCAUUUGACCAUGACAACCUGCGUCAGCUCCUUGAGAAGGUGAAGAGCGGGGUGUUCCACAUGCCCCACUUCAUCCCCCCAGACUGCCAGGCCCUGCUCAAAGGCAUGAUCGAGGUUGACCCCGACAAGAGACUUACGCUAGAGGCCGUCCAGAGGCACUCCUGGUAUCAGUCGGGUCGUAAUGAGCCGUGUCCCGAGCAGCCCGUUCCCAGGCGUGUGUGUGUGGGGCGCAUCCUGUCUUUGACUGAGCUGGACCCAGACGUGCUGGACAGCAUGCACUCUCUGGGCUGCUUUAAAGACCGCGGGAAACUCACCCGCAACCUGCAGUGUGAAGAUGACAACCAGGAGAAGAUGAUCUACUAUCUCCUGUUGGACAGGAAGGAGCGUUACCCCAGUUACGAGGAUGAAGAUUUGCCGCCCCGAAAUGACGUAGCGGACCCCCCUCGUAAGCGCGUGGACUCUCCCAUGCUGACGCGUCACAGCCGCUGCCGCCCGGAGAGGAAGAGCCUGGAGGUGUUGAGUGUGACCGAGCAGGGGUCUCCCACCCCGCCACGCAGGGCCCUGGACACGGCCGCAAACAGCCAGAGGUCUCGCUCAGUCAGUGGGGCGUCCACCGGCCUUUCCUCCAGCCCUCUCAGCAGUCCCAGGUCCUAUCAGAGCCCCAUCUUCACAUUUAGCCAAUCAGACGUCACCUCCGCCACCCCUCACACUAAGGACCCAUCCAAACCAGGAAGGGCUACCAUGCCUCGGCCGGCCCGAGCCCACGACAAACUCAAAGCGUCCCAGAACCCCAAAAACCAGACCCUGCCCACUCCCACCAAGGACGGUGCUGCCGCCGACUUGCCCCACCUCCAACCCAUCAAGUCCCUCCCCAUCCACAACUCGCCCUCCCGCUCGCCCUCGCCCCUCCUCUCGCCCUUCCCCCGCUUCUUCUUCCCCUCGCCCUCCGUGCUCAAGUCGGUCACUAAGAGCUUCUACCCCAACUCUGCCCACUCUGUGUCGCAGGUUACACCCCAGGGCUCUCCGCUGCCAACCCCCAUGGGCACCCCUGUCCACCACCCACACCACCCCUCCUCCACCCCUCCCUCUAACUCCUCCUCCUCGUCCUCCUCCUCGCGGGCGGAGGGAGGCGGAGGGGUGGGCUCCCUGUCCCUGACUCCUCCCUCCAGCCCUGGAGGGGGAGGCGGUAUGGCGGCUAGCAGCUCCGCCCACUGGAGGACCCGCCUCAACUCGUUCAAGAACAACCUGCUGGGCUCACCCCGCUUCCACCGCCGCAAGAUGCAGGUGCCCACAUCAGAGGACAUGUCUAGGCUGACCCCAGAGUCCAGCCCUGAGUUGGCUAAGAAGUCGUGGUUUGGGAACUUCAUCAGCCUGGAGAAGGAGGAGCAGAUCUUUGUGGUGAUCAGAGACAAGCCACUGAGCUCUGUGAAGGCAGACAUCGUCCACGCCUUCCUCUCUAUCCCCUCCCUCAGCCACAGCGUCAUCUCCCAGACCAGCUUCAGGGCCGAGUACAAGAUCUCCGGCGGCCCCUCCGUCUUCCAGAAGCCUGUUAAGUUCCAGGUGGACAUUGCCUUCUCCGAGGGAGAGAGAGAGCGGGAGAGGGAGAAAACCGAGAGGGAAGGCAAGAGAGAGACAGGCAUCUACAGCGUGACAUUCACCCUCAUAUCAGGUCCUAGUCGCAGGUUCAAACGAGUGGUGGAGACCAUUCAGGCCCAGCUUCUCAGCUCCCAUGAUCAGCCCAUGGGGGUCUCUGACCCCUUCCCAGAUGAGAAGAACGGCCGGCCCCACGGGACCCCCACUCGCCAGAACUCCCGCCGCUCCGAGGGCGGUGGUGACCGGUGCGAGUGGGGCGAGCGAGGCGACGGAGGAGGCAUCGGAGGCAGUGGGGGGGUCCUACAACGCAGAGGCUCUGGGAAGGAGAGGACCCGACUACUGUCCUCCAACGGAACACAGUCCCAACCCUGAGAGAGAGAGAGAGAGCGAGAGAGAGAGAGAGUGAGACCAGUCGGGUAGCAGGUGUUCAAAUGCCAUUGGGGGAAAAAAAGAAGACAAAUUGUCCAAAAAAAACUCACCCCCUCACAAACCCAUUCUGCCCUGAGAAGAUGUCUCAACAAGUUGUUUUAAGCCAGAACACAAGCUUUCUCUCUCGCUUCAUCAGUGUUGAAAUCUACAUUCAUGUUGAUUCACUGAAUCAAGCAGCGAUCCAAUCCAGACCAGUAAUAAAACAAACAAAAAGGGAUCCAUGGAUGAGCCAGACACAUCAUAGAUCAAACUAGGAACUUUGAAGAAGCACUAAUUUGCAUGCCAGUUAGCAAGUCAUUACGCAAAAAUAUGUUAAAGUGGCAAUAUGUCACUUUUUUGGGGUCGACCUGACAAAUUAACAUAGAAAUGUGAUAGAUAUAUCAUUCUACUUGAAAGCAAGUCUAAGAAGCGGUAGAUCUGUUCUAUGUGCACAAUUUCUAUGCUUCCCGUUCUGAAGUUUUGUUUUUUGUUUUUGCGUCUUUUACUUUCGGUUUUGUACUGUACACCAGCUUCAAGCAGCUGAAAUAAUAUGUUUGGUCAUGGAAAUCAUAUUUCACAGCGGUUUAGAUGGUAAAAUGAUUCUCUACACUAUUCUACCUUAUCUUGUCACAUAAACUGAAAUUAGGCAAACUAUUAGAGUUUUACCAACCAGGAAAUGGCAGAUUGAUUUCUGCAUAGUGCAACUUUAAUUUAGAUGAUAAGAUCUGCUAGCAUACCAUGGAUGGUCCCGGGAAUCGAACCCACUAGCCUGGCGUUACAAACACCAUGCUCUACCAACUGAGCUACAAAGGACCAAGCCAAUAACUCAAGCCAAAAGAUAAGAACGGUUUGAACGAUUUUGUGACGGUUCUCAAAAAUACACAAUGCCCCCCUCCCCUGUACCUUUACAACUCAGCAGCAAAGGAUACCUGAUGAAUACCUUGAUGUACCCAACAUUGUACCUAAAUUUACACAAAAGACAAUGAAAGACGAUGGAGACAUGUAGAACCCUCUUGCUUAUUAUCACAGAUCACCCAUUCCAGAAGAUAGAACCUGCUGCCAAUUCAAUGAAUGAGUUUGACAACACCUAAAGAUCCUGUUUUAAAAGGGAGAAAUUCGGUCCUUCAAAAAAAGACAUUUCAACAUUGUUUUCUUCUGCUGUAAAGAAAUACAAAUUAAGCUAAGUGAAUGUGAAUAAUAUUUUUUUAUUUAGGUUUAGUUAAGAUGAUUUAUAUAUUGAUUUCAGGGAUGUCGACGCAAUCAGCGAAGAUAUAGUAAAGAAGAAUGACAUCGGGAAGAAUCGACAUCUUGGACACACAGUAUCUGCUCCAGUAUCUGAAAGUGGAACCCAAGCCGAUGGGAAUUUAAAAGGAAGUCAGAACGAAGUUGCCAUUGAUAUGUUUGGAAUUAUUUUUGUAUUUUCUUUUUUCUCAGAGACAAAUACAAUGUAACCAAUAUUAAUUUGUCGCAAACCUUUGCUCUGAAGAAAAGUAUUUUUGAUUUGAUGAGAAAUAUGAAAAUAUAUUUUAAAAGACAUGGGCAAACUGUUACAUGGAUUGGACUUCCACUGUUUGUCCCUGACUCAAUGAGAAGUGCAUUCCAGACCUAUGGAUCGGACAGACUAUAUUUGCUCUCUGAGCUCGUCUCAUAUCACCACAGUAUUCACAUAUUGACUCCAAACGUAGUUUUUAACAUUCAUUCAUCGAUGGACAUUCUCAUGAAGCUGGACUCAAACUGCUGACAUAUUACUCCUCGCUAUCCAAGACUUAAAAAAGGCAAACAAGUGAGUCCCGUCAUCACCAAUGAUCCAAGUGAUCCAUCCUCUGCACCCUUAUUAUCACCACUCAACAAGCAGAUGUAGCUUUUCUGAUGAUCAUGUAUUACAACAGUAUUAUGUGAUAGAAACUAGACACAUUACCAACCAGUCUUCCUUACUGCACAAUAUGCAACAGAUGCAGAAUGUUUUAAGAGAGAUUCCAUUUCCUUGUCAUUUAUUUAUGUAUUUAUUUACUGUAUGUAUUUAUUUAUAUAUUAUUUAUUUAGGAAAUUAAUCUUGCACCAACAAAUAUAUCAGGAGCUAAUGCAAAUGUUUUUCUUGUCAACAUUCUUUAUAUAUCUUUGAUUUCUUUCUCUUUCCCAUGACACCAAUAUUGUUUUAAGAUCAUGAACUUUCAACUGUUACAUUCCUUCCCACCUUUCUGUCUAAAUGUUAGUUUCUAUUGUAUUAGUUAGUUUAUACACUGAGUAUACCAAACAUUAGGAACAUCUUCUUAAUUUUGAGUUGUACCCCCCCCUUUUGCCCUUAGA